GCAACCUUCUAGGCAUGUGUAGUUCACACAGCGUCGCAGAUGAUGAAACUCUCUUCCAUUCUUCCGUUUGAGGUGUCGCUUCUGCUGUAGAUCAUGGACAUGGGGAAUGCCACAGCAGGGUUCAUUCUCCUGGGACUCUUUAACAACACCAGAGCCCAUCUGGUUCUCUUUGUGCUGGUUCUGACUGUGGCCCUCAACUCCGUAGUAGGCAAUGCCCUCCUGCUUCUCCUGAUUCACCAGGACCGCCGGCUCCAUACACCCAUGUACUUUCUCCUGAGCCAACUCUCCCUUAUGGACAUGAUGCUGGUCUCCACCAUAGUGCCCCAAAUGGCAGCUCAUUAUUUAAUGGGCAAGAAGUCCAUCUCCACUGCUGGCUGUGGCUUCCAGAUCUUCUUCUUCCUCACACUGGAAGGUGGAGAGUGCUUCCUCUUAGCAGCCAUGUCCUACGACCGCUACGUGGCUAUAUGCCACCCUCUGCGCUACCCGGUUCUCAUGAGCCGGCAGUUAUGUCUGAGACUGAGCUUGGGGUCUUGGCUCCUGGGAGCAGCCGAUGGAGCCAUGCAGGCCGCCGCCACCCUGAGCUUCCAGUUUUGCAGCGGGAAUAAAAUAGAUCACUUCUUUUGCGAGGCCCCUGUGUUGUUGCGCCUGGCUUGUGGUAACAAGGCUGCCUUUGAGUUUGUCAUGUACAUCUGCUGUGUGCUGAUGCUUCUGGUCCCCUUCUCCCUCAUCCUGACAUCGUAUGGCCUCAUCCUGGCCACUGUCCUCCAAAUGAGAUCCGCAGAAGCCUGCAAGAAGGCCUUUGCCACCUGCUCCUCACACUUAGCAGUAGUGGCCCUCUUUUAUGGAGCUGCCAUUUCCAUCUACAUGAGGCCCACCUCUUCCAGGUCAGCUAACCAUGACAAGAUUGUAUCGGCAUUCUACACCAUUGUCACCCCCAUGCUGAACCCCCUCAUCUACAGUCUUCAGAACAGUGAGGUCAAGGGCAGCCUGAGAAAGUGUGUAGCCCACUGUGCUUCCCUAACUAGGAAGGAUGCCUUGGUUGGCUUGGAUUUUGGUGGUUGUACAAAGAGGAAAGGUGUACAGUAGCCCCCUUUGCGGGGAUAACGUUUCAGGAUGCCC